UGCCGAUUCGAUUAAAAUUCAGAACUAGAACUCCGACUCCAAUACAAUUUACGGGAAGAGAAGUUCGAAGAGAAUCCAAUAGAAAAUUGAGGGAAGAAGAAAGAAAAUUGAAAUAGUGUACCCUGACCAUGCGUCUAGGGUUUCGAAUUCGUCCAUUGCCAUCUCUUAUUCUGAGCAGUUGAAGUUUUAAUUACGUGAGAAUGGGAAGCGAAGAUGUUAAUCGAAGGAAGGAUAAUCCUUAUCCACCUCCAAAAGGACCUCAAGAGAAAGCAGAAGAUACGAAGCUUUGGGGAGUAUUUCUCUUCGGCUUGAUUGGUGCAACUGCCACCACCUUCGCUGUUGGUCGACUGCAGAGGACUGUUCAUUGGUUCUGGACCCAGUUAUCCAGGUCACAAGCAGCACGGAAAGGUGGAGCUGGCCAAUCUUUCCGUACGUCUUUUCAAGAAGAAACCUGGAAAAGGAAUAGUCGUCGAAUGCAAGAGGAGUAUGAAGAAGAAAUGGAGAGAGUGGAACGUAUAAGGCGUAUGCAGAGUGUGUUCAAUAGAGAGAGGAACAAACACAAAAGAGGCUAUGAGAGCUGGAGGGAGAAUGGUACAGGUGCAUAUCAUCAACAGUCUCAACGGGACGAUUGGUAUUGGAAAGCAGAUACGUCCUUUAGGGAUCAGGCACAUCGGAGGACUGAUUACAGGCAAAUGCCUAGAGAAAGUGCAAGCUAUAUGUUAUCACAUCAUUACUUGGUUUUGGGGCUUGACAGGACCAGAAAGAAGCCUUACUCAGAAGCUGAGAUCAAGACAGCAUUCAGGGCUAAGGCAAAGGAGUUCCAUCCAGAUCAGAACCGGGAUAAUACAGAGGCUGCCGAGGCAAAAUUCAAAGAGGUGAUGAUGUCAUAUGAAGCUAUCAAGCAAGAAAGAAAGGACAUGAAGUUAUGAAACAGCUAACAAGUGUUUUGUGGAUUCAAGAAAGCCUAGACGAAUCCGAGGGGUUUCCAUUCUUAACAGUACGCCACUGCAAGGCUGCCGCAAAGUAAGUCAUGAGAGUUCCAACACUCAAGGCUUUGUUACUAGCCGGUUCCAGAAGGAUAAAUGGUGAUCAUUCUUUUUUGGUGUCACAUUUGAAUAAGGUUGAGAAAUGAGUUUUUAUAGAUCAUUACUCUCUCUCAUCAAAGGUCUUGUGAUAUGUAUCUUAUCAAACUACAGGAAGUAUGGUAAAAAACCCACUCCUUAUAUUUUUUAUUGGCGCCCCUUUAGUUAUCAGGUAUAUAAAAUAAGGCUAUUGUUAGUGUUUGAGACUUUUUUUUUUGCAUCUGAUUCAUAUUUAUCGAAAAAAAAUUUUAGCCA